CGCCAGCAAAAACAAUCGACGUUUAUUUCCAUGCGAACGUGACUACGUCAUUUCCCGGAAGUGAAGCUACCGCAACACGGAAGUCGGGGAAAGAAAACAAAUAACCCUUCAAAUUUGUAUCGAGUUGUAGUCGGAGAAGACGCCUUUAACACCGAUUAACCGUUCGGACGAGCUCGGUACACGAUGGACUUCCUGUUUGGGAAGAGGAAAACUCCGGAGGAGAUGCUGAAGCAGAAUCAGAGGGCGCUCAACCGAGCCAUGCGAGAACUGGACCGAGAGCGAAUGAAACUGGAGCAACAGGAGAAAAAGAUCAUCGCUGACAUCAAGAAGAUGGCCAAGCAGGGACAAAUGGACGCCGUCAAGAUCAUGGCCAAGGAUUUGGUUCGCACGCGGCGCUACGUCAAGAAGUUCAUCAUGAUGAAAGCCAACAUCCAGGCCGUCAGUCUAAAGAUACAGACGCUCAAGUCCAACAACAGCAUGGCGCAGGCCAUGAAAGGCGUCACCAAGGCCAUGGCCACCAUGAACAGACAGCUGAAACUGCCUCAGAUUCAGAAGAUCAUGAUGGAGUUUGAGCGGCAGAGUGAAAUCAUGGACAUGAAAGAGGAGAUGAUGAACGACGCCAUCGACGAUGCCAUGGGCGAUGAGGAUGACGAGGAGGAGAGCGACACCAUCGUGUCCCAAGUCUUGGACGAGCUGGGUCUCAAUCUGUCCGACGAACUGUCAAAUCUCCCAAGCACCGGAGGCAGCCUGUCGGUGGCCGGAGGGAAGAAGCAGGAGCCCCAGGCCGCCCUGGCUGACGCAGACGCCGAUCUGGAGGAGCGGCUGAAUAACCUCCGAAGAGAUUGAACACACAGUGAAGAGUCCCACACCGUGGCUGCGUUGUUAAUACAGAUAAAAACAUACUCAAAUGUCUGCAUUUAGAUUCUUUUGAAGGUGUAACUGGCUGAACACCUGCUGUGUCAGCUGUGUGGCUUUCUGUUUGAGGUGUUUUUAUUUUAUGGGUGUAUUGUGUAUUUUAUCAAAAACAUACAACGGUCAUUAUCUCUCACCUCAUUGAAGACAUUGCCAAAUGACACAAAUUCUCUUACAGUGAAAAUCUCUCUCUCAGUCUGUGUAAAUACUAACUCCCCAAGGUGUGUUCACAGUUUAAAUUAACACUAAAAGCAAAAUAAAAGAUAUUUAAAGAACCCAAAGGAAAGAUGGGAACAGGACAGGAGUGGAUAUUUUACAUGUCAGCACUUUUUGUACAUCUGGCUGGUUUGGCAUUCUUUGUAUUACCAUCAUAUAAAAAAAAAUACUGUUUUAGCACUGAUGUAACAUUUUUGAUGACUUCUGAUUUAUGUUUAUUUGAGAGAGUUGACAGUCGGGGGUUCAGCAGAAAUCGCAACAUCUUUUUGGUCUAAAUUCACGAAUGAGAUGGAGAAAGAAAAUCACGUCCAGCUGACCCCUCGCCAGUGGAAAGGCCCCCCCGCGUGCCGCCUGGCGACCGGGGCCCAGUGGCGUUUUUGAGAUUUUCACCAAAACGUUAAGGAGUCAGUGGUGUUUGUUUUUGAGAAAUUGUCCUGUUUUUGCUUUUCUUUAUUCAAUAAACUUUUAUUUCCAGAUUUA